AUGCCUAAGGAGAAGUCCACUACCCGCAAGACCAAGCGCGGUGUCGAGAAGAAGAAGAAGGACCCCAAUGCCCCAAAGCGUGGUCUCUCUGCCUACAUGAUCUUUGCCAACGAGCAGCGUGCUAGUGUCCGCGAGGAGAACCCAAGCAUCACCUUCGGCCAAGUUGGUAAGGUCCUCGGAGAGCGAUGGAAGGCCUUGACCGACAAGCAGCGAAAACCCUAUGAGGAGAAGGCUGCCACCGACAAGCAGAGAUACGAAGACGAGAAGGCCGCAUACAACUCUCGCCUCGAAGAAGAAGAGUCCUCUUAA